AUGAAUUUUGCACAUUUGAGCUCCACAAUGCAGAUUUUCGUUAAAACCCUUACGGGUAAAACCAUCACUCUUGAGGUGGAAGCCUCCGAUACUAUAGAAAAUGUAAAGGCUAAGAUUCAAGACAAGGAAGGUAUCCCACCAGACCAGCAACGAUUGAUCUUCGCUGGUAAACAGUUAGAAGAUGGACGUACUUUAUCAGACUAUAACAUCCAAAAAGAAUCUACACUUCAUUUAGUACUUCGGCUUCGUGGAGGUACUAUUGAACCCUCUCUUCACAUCUUGGCUUGUAAGUACAAUUGCGAAAAAAUGAUCUGCCGCAAGUGCUACGCGCGUCUCCACCCUCGUGCAACUAACUGCCGUAAGAAGAAGUGCGGACACACCAACAACCUCCGCCCUAAGAAGAAGAUCAAGAAC